CGCGCGUUGGGCUUCGGUGAUGGAUGACUCGCGACAAUGCUCCUCCGGGGACGCGUGUGGGCGGUGUCUUGACAGCCAAAAUCUGCACUUUCCUUCGACUUUCUCUUCAAGGUGCGAAAGGUGUACAUUUGGGGGCUCACAAUGCUUUAUUCGGUAGCUGGCGCCGCAUAAGUGUACGCGUUCUAAUCGCAUCGCCGAUAUCGCAAUUGAAUUCGUUUCGUGUCUUGAAGUGCAUCGCGCUUUUCUGAUAUUCAAAACACCUGCAUGCGACUUCCGAGGGCGUGCUUAUAAAUUAGUGCAGCGUGUGUUAGGCGGGAUUCGUGAAGCAGCUUUGAGUGUGCGAUGUGAGAAAUGGCGCUAAGAGCUGAGAUAGUGACUGUAGCUCUACUCUUCGUGCUACGAGCCGGUGCGCCUGCGCGUUUUCCCGAUUACUUCCAUGGCUGGUGGACCGACGAGCGCGGCAAGCACGGGCCAGACAGUGACGUGCAGGUGGUGUACCUGCCAGCACUCCUGCCCCGAGAGGCACAGCUGUCAGCAGACAGACCGUAUGAUAAUGACAUCCCUUUGCCCUACAGCUUCGAUGCUUUCGGAAGGAGUUUCGAGCUACAACUGGUGCCGAACCGGCGGCUAGUGUCGCCGCAGUUCCAGGUGUGGUCGGACCGAGGACAGGAGGAGCCACUGUCGGCCGUGGACGCCUCCUGCCACUUCCAGCACUCGGGCGCCGGCGCAGUGGCAGCCCUAUCUGCGUGCAGGGACCAUGCAUUGCAUGGCUUGAUCGUAGUAGACAACUCUACAUACGAAGUGCGCCCUCUGCCGGCGGGCGCUGGCCGCGCGGAAAACGGCGAUGGUCGAACGGCGCACGUGAUCCGACGAGCACCGCCGCCUGCGCCGCCUUUCGACGACGCGAGACCUCUACGACCACGCGUUCGGCGGCCUCGAGCUCACUACCCACACUUCAAACCACCACCUUCGAGCUACACCAUCGAGAUUGCACUUUUCUUGGACGAAGCUGGAUACAAACUCUUCCAUCCAUUUCUGAAUUACAAUGAAGGUGACUUGCGCGAUAUGCUGCUGGCGUACAUAAACGGGGUUCAGGCUCUAUAUCAGCACUCGUCUCUCGGUACCAGAAUUCAGCUGUCCCUGGUACGCCUGACCCUGCUACGUGCACAACCGCCAUCGCUGCCGGCGCACGCCGAGCGGGGGCGUCUUCUGGACGCGUUCUGUGCUUACCAAAGGUCUUUGAACGUUGAAGAUGAUGAUGAUCCUGAGCAUUGGGAUAUGGCCCUGUUAUUGUCUGGGCUGGACUUCUUCUCCGAGGAGGGCGGGCGGCGCAACGGCGUGACGAUGGGCCUGGCUCCGGUGGGCGGCGUGUGCCUGCCGGCUCAUGCAUGCGUGGUCUCCGAGUUCGGCACCACGGACGCGCUGGGCAGGCCCUACCCCUCCGCCGGCUUCACCUCCGUCUACAUCCUCGCGCACGAGAUCGGGCAUAACUUGGGCAUGCACCACGACGGCAGCGGCAAUUCCUGCGCCCGCGACGGCUACAUCAUGUCUCCCUCGCGCGGCACCAACGGCGAGGCCACCUGGUCCGUCUGCAGCGCACAGGUCGUCUCGGACUUGCAAUGGGCAACAUGUCUUUUUGACGGAGCUGAUGACUUGGACACCCCCAACGAGCUCAAGCACGAGAAGUUCGGAGAAGCACCGGGAGCUAUUUGGAAUGCUAAAAAACAGUGCGAGAUACUCCUUCGCGACUCGGACGCAGCGCCGUCACCGCCGGGCCCCGCCGGCGAGCAGUGUGCUCAGCUGGCUUGCCGCACGCCUCACCGCGCCGGGUUCUACUACGCCGGGCCCGCGCUGCCCGGGACGCCUUGCGGGAAUCAGAUGGUUAGAUCUUUAUGUAAAAAAAAAAAGAUUUCAGACAUGUGGGCUAGACAAGAAAAUAUAUUCUUCAAGUGCUCAUGA